AUGACGUUUCAGAUGUGUAUCUUCCUAACAACAUUGCUAAUUAUGGUGAAAAUUGAUAAGUCUGUUGCUGUUAACUGUUUCACAUGUAACCCUUGUCCAAGUCCAUUUAUCCCCUCGUCCUAUUUAAUUAGAAAUAUGACCGGUUGUGGUUCAUGUGCAAAACUUGAUGUCAGAGGUAUGCCAACUCCGAUUAGAGAUUGUGUAGAAACCUGCGAUCGUUAUACAUGGGCAAACAAGUAUACCCAAUAUGCUUACAGUUGUUGUACACGAAAUUUCUGUAAUAAAAGUCAAACAAAUUAUCCAACUUAUCAAAUGAUAUUCACAAUUUUAUCAAUUAUCUGUUUUUAUAUGACUAAAAGCAGUUCAAAGCAUUGA